AUCCCUCUUUCCCCCUUCCCCACACUCGAAGGCUGCACGACUUUCCCUCCGAUAAUUACCCCAAUCGUAUCAGGCAUCCCUCCUUCCUUUGCGCCAUGUUGCCGCUCCAGUCAAUCGAGGCGUCACCCCCGUCGCAUCCUGCCGGCGAGAACGGGGAAACCCGGCAGCAGAAGCCCAAGGCGCUGCCGUGCAAGUAUUGCAGCAAACGGUUCAGGCGUGUGGAGCAUGUCCAGCGACACGAGCGAACACAUACCAAAGAAAAGCCUUUUGCCUGCGGCUGGGCUCGCUGUGGCAAGACGUUCGGACGACGCGAUCUGCUCGUCCGCCACGAGAAACUCGUCCAUCUCAACGAAGGCAGCAGCAAUAAGGAUGGCAGCAGGCCACGCAAGCACUCGGGGGGAGCUGCUCUCGGCUCGGCCGAGAGCCAGGUCGAUACCGAGAUGCCUGAUAUGCAGCCGCAACCACAACAUCACCCAAAGCUGCGGCCGCCGCACCAACAUUACCAACCAGAAGCCAUACAGCCGUCGGUAGUGUCGUCGGUCCCACCGGAUUCACGUCUCGCCGCGCGAGCGCCUGCGUGUAAUCUGGACCUGCUCUCCGAUGCCGCGACUCGUCUGGCCUCGGGCGGGGAGGUCAACAACUUGCAACCGAACAUGAUGCAAGGCCUCACGGCGCAACCUGCAGCAGACCUGGCGCCCGUCAAGUCCUACCACGACGCGUUGCCGUACGCUGACCGGGUGCGCGACCAAGACCCGGGAGUCAUGCCUCCUGGUUAUCCUGCCCAGCCUCCCGCCCCGGCCUUUGACGACUAUAACCUCUUCCUGGACGACUACGCCACGUCCUCUCACUUCCUCCCACCUUCGCUCGAAGCUGAUCAGGGCUUCGGCAUGUGGUCUCGCCCCCUGGGCGCGGACCUGGGACGGGGUCUGUCCAAACCGCCGUCGGCAUUUCCGUCGAGGCUCCCGUCUUUGGCGCCCGAUCUGAGAGACGCGCCUGGUGAGGGUCCAAGGAUGCAUGAAGAUGGGGUACGAGUGCCGAACUGGAGGAUAUCGGCCAUGGACCACGCCGUCAUCAGGAACCGGCUGGACGAGUUCUCUUCAGCCCUUCCCAAUGACUUCGUGUUUCCUUCCCGACACACCCUAAAUAGGUUUCUCGAGGGCUAUAUCAGCGGUUUUCACGAAAACCUCCCGUUUCUGCACCUGCCCACCCUAUCGCCCACCGAUCUUUCGCCCGAGCUGUUGCUGGCAAUGCUCGCUGUCGGGGCGCAAUAUCGGUUCGAAACGAACAGGGGCCAUGCACUCUGGUACGCGGCAAAAGCCGUUGCACUGGAGCAGAUACGGCGCCGACAUAGCCAUGAAGUGCAUGGAUUGCUUCCUACCCCGGCCGCCUACAGCCCCCAUUCCACCCGCCCGUCACCGAGUGCUGGCUUCCGCCACUCUUUCCCUUCGGUCCAUCACGACCGACCUACGACCCAGGACACCCAUCGAGAGCCAUACUCUCCGAAUACGCCGCAGUCUCGGCUUGAGACCAUUCAAGCCCUGCUUCUUCUGUUUGCCGUCGGACUGUGGAGCCCGAAGGCGAUUCUUCACGAAGCCUUGUCCCUACAGAGUCUACUCGCUCUCCUGCUCCGCGAGGAAGGGCUAGGAGCUGAACCCAAUCAGCAGACGACAGAUUGGGAGACCUGGGUUCGCAUAGAGGCGAGCACCCGUACCAAGCUCGUGGCUUACUGCUUCUUCAACCUCUGUAGCAUCACGUAUAACACGCCUCCGCUCCUGCUGACGUCCGAGAUAUACCUUUACCUUCCCAACCCGUCGCGGCUAUGGAAGGCAGAAAACGCCUGGCAAUGGCAAGAAGCGAGGCAGUCUUGCCCAAACAUCGAAAUCACCCUUCAGGAGGCCUUCGCGAGGUUGCUGAGCCGCCCGUCACAAGCCUCUCCCACACCCCUUACGUCGCUGGGCAACUACGUUCUCAUCCACGCCCUGAUACAGCACAUCUUCCUGCUGAAGCAGACGUCCUUCUCCACCAUGUCGCCAUUCGGACUGCAGCGGGGCCUGAAGAUGGAAGACGUUGAAGAUCUCAACCAAGCGCUUCGCGCAUGGAGCGUGGGCUUCGAGCAGCACCGCCAGCUCCGGGCGAACGAGAUGGCCGCCCAGGGCUCGGGAGAGGGCUACACCGAGGGACAAGUUGCCUUGAACUCAACGGCGCUCAUGAGGCUUGCCUACAUUCGGUUGCACACUGACCUGAGCCCCAGCCGGAGCCUCGAGACUCGCGAUCAUGUGCUGAUUGCGCAAACCUUGAGUGACGCUCCCCUGCUGGUACGGAGCCCUCGCCUCUGCCGUGCGGUGGUCCAGGCCAUUCAUGCCUUGUCCAUGCUCGUCAAGAUGGGAGUGAAUUACGUGGCCAAAACCAAGUCGUUGGAGUGGAGCAUGCAGCACUCUUUGUGCAACCUCGAGUGUGCCGUCCUCCUGUCCAAGUGGCUCCUCACGCUCGCGGCGAUCGGCCCGGCCGAGCCGCCCCCAUCAGCAGAAGAGAAGAACCUCCUGGAAAUGGUGCGGCGCAUGCUGGACGAGACCGAAUUUGCCGUACCGAUAGACCCGUCGCUGGCAGGUUCGUCAGGCCCCCCCGGCCCCGGCCACGGUCGGUCCGCGGAUGUCUCAGCUACGGACAGCACCAAGCUCAGACAGCUUGCCUGCGCGGUCAUCAGGCUGUGGGCCGAGACGUUCAAGGGCGCGCACAUCUUCGAGAUGGUGCGCAUCCUCGCCGCGGGCCUGGAGGGAUACGCAGAUAUGAUGGAGAAGGGGAGGGACAGGACGCCGCUGGGGAGGAUCGGCCCGAACCAAGGGCUUGGCUGAGCCCGGCUGCGGGUGGGUGGAUUGUGCUUUUGUGACGCGUUUUCCGGCCACGGAGCAGGCGGGCCCGAGCCGCCGACGGAAUGGAUACCCCGC